ACGCCGAGGCCCGAGAUGGCGGCGCCGGGGCUGCUCCUGCUGCUCCUGCCGCUCCUGCCGCUGCGCGCCCGCGCCGACGAGCACGAGCACACGUACCAAGAUAAAGAGGAAGUUGUUUUAUGGAUGAAUACUGUAGGGCCCUACCACAAUCGCCAAGAAACAUACAAAUACUUCUCUCUUCCCUUCUGCGUGGGAUCAAAAAAAAGCAUCAGCCAUUACCAUGAAACCCUAGGGGAAGCACUUCAAGGAGUUGAAUUGGAAUUUAGUGGUCUCGACAUCAAAUUUAAAGACGAUGUAAUGCAGACUACUUACUGUGAAGUUGACUUGGACAAAGGAAGAAGAGAUGCAUUUGUGUAUGCUAUCAAAAAUCACUAUUGGUACCAGAUGUAUAUUGAUGACUUGCCAAUAUGGGGGAUUGUUGGAGAAGCAGAUGAAAAUGGAGAAGAUUAUUACCUUUGGACUUACAAAAAACUUGAAAUUGGUUACAAUGGAAAUAGAAUUGUAGAUGUCAAUCUGACGAGUGAAGGAAAGGUGAAAUUGGUACCAAACACAAAAAUCCAGAUGUCAUAUUCAGUGAAAUGGAAGAAAUCAGAUGUGAAGUUCGAAGACCGAUUUGACAAAUAUCUUGACCCAUCUUUCUUUCAGCACAGAAUUCACUGGUUUUCAAUUUUCAAUUCUUUUAUGAUGGUGAUCUUUCUGGUUGGCUUAGUGUCUAUGAUAUUAAUGAGAACUUUGCGAAAAGAUUAUGCAAGAUACAGCAAGGAGGAAGAAAUGGAUGAUAUGGACAGAGAUCUAGGUGAUGAGUAUGGGUGGAAGCAGGUCCAUGGAGAUGUGUUUAGACCAUCCAGUCAUCCUCUAAUAUUUUCAUCGCUUAUUGGUUCUGGCUGUCAAAUUUUUGCUGUGUCUCUUAUAGUCAUUGUUGUUGCAAUGAUAGAAGAUUUAUACACAGAGAGAGGAUCAAUGCUUAGCACAGCUAUAUUUGUUUAUGCUGCGACAUCGCCAGUGAAUGGAUAUUUUGGAGGAAGCCUUUAUGCUAGACAAGGAGGAAGGCGAUGGAUAAAGCAGAUGUUCAUCGGAGCCUUCCUCAUUCCAGCAAUGGUGUGUGGAACUGCCUUCUUCAUUAACUUCAUUGCCAUCUAUUAUCAUGCUUCAAGAGCUAUACCAUUUGGAACCAUGGUGGCAGUGUGCUGUAUUUGUUUCUUCGUCAUCCUUCCACUGAACCUGGUUGGUACGAUUCUUGGCCGAAAUCUGUCAGGACAGCCUAAUUUUCCAUGUCGUGUCAAUGCAGUGCCUCGUCCCAUACCAGAGAAGAAAUGGUUCAUGGAACCAGCUGUUAUUGUUUGCCUGGGUGGAAUCCUCCCUUUUGGAUCAAUUUUUAUUGAAAUGUAUUUCAUUUUUACUUCAUUCUGGGCUUACAAGAUCUACUACGUUUAUGGCUUUAUGAUGUUGGUUCUGGUUAUCCUCUGCAUUGUGACAGUUUGUGUGACUAUUGUUUGUACGUAUUUCCUGCUAAACGCAGAGGAUUACAGGUGGCAAUGGACGAGCUUUCUUUCUGCGGCAUCAACUGCGAUUUAUGUUUACAUGUACUCCUUUUACUACUACUUUUUCAAGACAAAGAUGUAUGGCUUGUUUCAGACAUCAUUUUACUUUGGUUAUAUGGCAGUAUUUAGCACAGCUUUGGGAAUAAUGUGUGGAGCCAUUGGUUACAUGGGAACAAGUGCCUUUGUUCGUAAAAUCUACACUAAUGUGAAAAUUGACUAAGGAAAUAAGAAAAUUGAACUAUGGAUCAGUUCCUCUUUUCCUGGGGAUGAACUUGCACAGCAAAAAGCGCGAGAAGAGAUUUGGGUUUUAACACUGGGCACUAUAUGGGUAUCCAUUUUGUGGAUGGCUUAAAGUAACAUCUAUUCCAUUGAUCCUAGGUUCUUACUGACUGCUUUCUCCAACUGUUCACAGCAAAUGCUUGGAUUAUAUGCAGUAGGCAUUACUACAGUACGUGGCUAAUCUUCCCCGCCCGCCCCCCCCCAAAAAAAAACCAACAUCAAAAAACAAAAAACCUAGCUCAUUAAAGAUGAAUAGACUAGCUCUCUUCAGUGAAGAGGACAAACGGUUUAUUUAAAGCAUUUGUUCCAUUCAAUAAAAAGAGGGAAACUUGGCUGCUAAAACUACUUGAUUAGUAGUCUUCCUGGUACUUAACAUUUCUAAAUUAUGUAAAAAUACCGUUCCAGAAAGAUUACUCUUCUGAUUUUUACUGCCAUUGACCGGAUAGGAGGUAUGUUUUAUAUUUUGACUCCAGGUGCUUUUUGGUUUAUUUGCGAUAUCAACUGCCCUACGUUCAUUUGUUUAAAAAAAAAUUAAAAGUAUAUAAAAAACCCAUAUGCAUGUAAUAUAUCAGCUGUUGUUCUAGUUGGACCAACUUCCCUUUAUUUAUCUUUAAAGUAAUAUCCAGCUACAUCUUAAAUCCAUCCAAAGAAAAUACAGUCUGAAGACGGAGUGUGAUCUCUGCAAUGCAAUUUACUGUACAGUUAGAAAGCAAAAUGUUAAAUGAAGAGGAUUGUUUGUUUUUUAAUGAACACUCUAAGGUCUAGAUUAAAACAAAACCAACAUUUUAACUGAAUGUCUAAAGUGAUUCUCCUUUUUUCCAAGUUAGUCUUGCAUUUUUUUUUGGGUUUGGGUUGAAUGAAGAUUUUCCUUUAGACAUCAUACAAGGGGUAAUAAGUGUAUAUAACAUUAAAUAAUGUAACUUAGGUGUAGAUCCCAAAUGUAUUUGGAUGUACAGAUUUACUACAGAGUACUUUUCUGAUGAUUCGGUGUAAAAAUGUGUGAAUUCGGGUGGCUUUUUACAUCUUGCCUGCCAUUGCAUGAAAAUUUGGGGUUUCUUCACAAUGUGUGUAUGUCAUGCUUUUCUGUUCUAUUUCUUUUCUCAAGCUCUUACAGGAAUUAAAUUUGUAAUUUAGAACAUUUUAAUUUUUGUUAAUCCUAUCUGAACACUUGUGUAACAUCAAAAGCACAGUUGCUUUAGAGUGUUCAGAAAACUAAAAUAAACUUUUCAGACAAAAAUGUAUUGAUUGUGAAAAUAGAUGAGUUUGCAAUUGAAAAUGUUUGAAAAGGGAUUACUGCUGAACGCCAGUUUCUGUAUACAGUAUAAGUGUGGUUUUCAUCUAUCCAACUCCCCUGCUUUGAAUUCAGAAUUUGCUUACAACUAUAUUGUACAGUAUAACUCCAAAGUGAAUGAUCAACCCAAAAAGAUUCUUCUUGGCUGUGGAGAAAUCUGUUUUGUGAUACAGCCAGUGUACUGGGAAAAGUUGGGGUAAGUGUGGACUAAAAUAAAUGGGCAAAUAAAGGUUAAGUCUUUCUAA